AUGCCGCCGACAAGCAAUCCCCCAUAUCUACCAGAUGAGCAGCUGGGGACGCCCUCGACAUCCGUUACGCCGCCGCCGCUAAGCUACUAUCUACAACAGCUCGAGUCCUUCACCAGCCCCGUUCCAGAUUUGGCCGCCACCCUCAUGAGCAACCCGGAAGAUGAGGCACACAACGAGAACGUCCACUUCCUUCGCAGCAGAAGACGGUCGUCGACGGAGCUCUCGCCCUCGCGUGCUCGUAUCCGCAGACGGCAGCAGGGAGGAGGCGUCGGCGCAGUGUUGGUCGACUCGCCGCACGAUUCCGUCGACCUUGGCGGUGACCAGUACUUGCCUCGAUCGCAUCAGCAGUACGUUUCCGGGCACGGCCAGAGGAUACCAAUCAUCCGCCGACGGGGGGCGAUGAAUAUAAGCCACGGGCCGGCGUAUGAAGGGCCGCCUCAGCAGUCGAACCGGAUAUACAGCUGGGCCCCUUCACAGGACGAAGAAGGCCUCUACACACGCACCGAUCCCUUGCACCCUCGCGAUGAGAUGUGGUUUGGCAGGUCGGCCUCCAGGGACGAAGACGAUUCGUUCUGGAGUCACUUGCCGAGGGAGCUGAGAGGGACGGCGCAGCUGACGCCCAACGUACCGUCGCCCGAGGACCCUGAUGCAGGAAGAACCGUGGGAGCGCCAAAUGUGCCUGUGGGCCGAGACAACCCGGCUUUAGUCACAGCGGCGCUCCUGCAGUCUGUUCGAAGAAAUCACAGGUACUCACCGAGAACGCGAGGAGACGGUGAGAGAGCCAGGCCGGAUGGUGCGGGUAGUACACGAGACAGGACCAGUAGCGACGAUUACUCUCCCUCUACUUCCUUUUCAGGCCAUACAAGGCGUCCAAGUCCUCGUUUACCACCGCCUGCUCGCGCCGAUACGUCUAGAAAUUCUGACAUCCGCCGCAUGUAUCUUAAGGACCCUUCUAUCGACCGCCUCAGGGAGGCUAUCCAGUACCUAGACCGGGUCCGUUUCUCAAACUCAUACGAAGAGAGCCUUUCCACCGCCGCGGCCGGAGGCUUCGUGCAGUUUGAAUAUUUCCUCCGCAAUGAAGAUGACUUUAUUCUCGACACCGGCUCAAUCGCAGGGCCGGAUCACUGCUCCUGGUUGAGCCCCGGUACCGUCUUCUCCGGCCAGCAACAGGCAUCCGCCUCGACCGCAAUGUUUCCCCACAGACUCCUGGGGACUGGUCGUCUCACAGACCCUGCCGCAACCCCCGGGGUUGAGAACCGGAUCAGCGUCUACACCAGUGGUGGUCGCAGUUACUGGGCAACUAAUAUCAUGGGUAACAACAGUAACACCAACAGCAGCCAGGACCUCUCAGAACCCGCAAAGACGGAGAGCUGGCCUGUCAAAGUGACCAUCCACAACGUUGAUUAUAACACCAUGACCCUAUCUGGAACCAUGGAGGCGUAUAACAUCCCAGACAAGUCAGCUAACAACCAAGGCGCACACAUAAUCACCUUCUUGGAAGGCGAAAUCAUUGAUUUCAACACCCAUACACUGGAAACGAAGAACUUCAAUGCCGGCCCUGAGGUUGAUAGCUGUUACUGGAGGGAGUUGGAACCCUUUAAAAAUCUGACGUAUGAUGAGAUCGUCAAGAACCUCAACGCUGCUUUGUUUCUCCGUCUCAUUCACGCCAGGGGCUUACAAUAUCUGGCUUCUACUACAUCUCCGUCCAUCGUGAAACUGGUCACAUCGAAGGGAUGUAUUAUGACCCCGGAAGCUCCCCUUACCAGCAACUCUCUCUUGACCCAAUACUGA